AUGGCUUCUCUGGCCAACCCCGACGUCGAGGGCGAAGUCGAAGUCGAAGUCGAUCAUUCCGACGCGCGCUCCUCUGCCAGCGACUCUGAUUCUGCCUAUAGCGACACCGUCUGCUCAACUGAGUCUCUACGCUCGAGCAUAUUCGACCACGAGAUCAAGCAUGGCCGCACCUUCCACGCCUUCCACUCGGGCAAGUAUGUCAUGCCCAACGACGAGGGCGAGCAGGAGAGGAUGGACCUACACUAUCACGCGAUGCGCCUGGCCAUCGAGGACAAAAUCACCCAUGCGCCCAUCACCAAUCCCCACGGCAUUCUAGACUUGGGCACGGGCACAGGCAUUUGGGCCAUGGAUGCUGCCGACGCCUACCCGGAGGCUGAGGUGGUGGGCAUCGACCUCUCGCCCAUCCAACCCGGCUGGGUGCCGCCCAACCUGCAGUUCGAGGUGGCCGACGCCGAUGAGGCCUGGGGGUUUGGUGAAGACCGCUUUGACCUGGUGCACACCCGCAUCAUGAACGGGUUCGGUGUCAGUAGCUGGCCGCACUUUUACCGCGAGGCCUUCUCCUGCCUGAGGCCUGGAGGCUGGGUGGAAAAUCAAGAGUUUGACUGCCAGAUCGUCAGCGACGAUGCAUCGCUGCCCGAGGACAGCACCAUGGCUGAAUGGGCCAAGCUAUGGAACCAGGCGUGUGAGAUGAUCGGCAAGACGGGGAGAUGCGAUCCGCAGAAACUGAGGGAUCAGAUGCACGAGGCGGGCUUCAUCAAUACCAGAGUCAUUCCCUACAAGAUGCCCAUCGGGCCGUGGCCCAAGGACCCUAUGCUCAAGGAGGCCGGCAAGUUUGGGCUGGUGGCUCUGCAUGCUGGGGUGUAUGGCAUGAGCGUGAGACUGUUCCUGGACGUGUUGGGCUGGUCGGAAGAGCGUCUCCAAGUCUUCCUGGCCGACUUUCGCAAAGACCUGGCCAGGAAGUCCAUUCAUGCCUAUUGGCCGACGUACAUUGUGAUCGGACAGAAACCUCCGCUUCCCGCAGAGUAG